UAGCGUGCUUCGCAUUGAGUGAAAUAGAAUAAAAUAAUAAAAUCAAUAGGCAAAAAAAUGAAACAAAUCAACUAUUACAGCUUCUUCCUAAUUAUUGUAUCUACAAUAUCCUUAACUAAUGCCAUUGGAGAAUCGGCAGUUUUAGAUUUUCUGGAGGAGUUAAGAUUACGUAUGUGUCAUCCAAUCCCGAAAUUUGGCCUACCAGCUUUAGAUCCUUUCCAAAUAUCGCAUGCAGAAUAUCAAAUGAACAAUGAAUACGUAAUUGAUUUCAAGGGUUCGGUAACUAAUUUCCGUUUGACAGGGCUUUCAGAUUUUAUUAUAAAUGAUUUUAAAAUAACGACUGUGCCAUUAAGACGAUCGACUAUUGAUUUUACUAUGCCUUUAACUGCGUUCAAAUCAAUUUACACAGCUAAAGGAUCAUUGGCUUAUAUUGUUAAUCUAGCUGGGGAUGGAAAUGCAGAAGCUUAUGUCGAUAAAAUACGUUUCUCUGCAUCAUGGAUUUUUAAAACUGGCAUAUAUUUGGGUAUACGCAGUUUAAAACUUACGAUAUCCAUCAACGAUAUUAAUAUUAACUUCGAGAAUCUGAUAGAGGAAGAUCGUAUUAACGAUUUCUUCCAUGCAUUGGUUAAUGAAAUGAGUAUAGAAUUGCUCAAUGACGCCUGGGUAUGGAAGAAUGAAAGUGUGGAGGAAUUUGCAGAAGAGAAAAUUAAUGGUUUCAUAGGACAAUACACUUUAGCUGACGUUAUUAAAAUGAUUGGUAGUGGUGGUGAUGGACCAAUCUUUGGGCCUGAUGAUCCACCAGCUGAUUGUAAAGAUACUACAAUAAAACAUGACUGAACAUUUAGUGAUAUAUAAUUAACUAUUUAAUUUGUAUAUAUGUAUAAUAGAUAAGAAAAAUCGAUUAAUUUUAGGUACAAUUAUGUAGAAAAUAAAAUAAACUAUUUAAGAAUUAUGGAAUGUACUUCUAAAGAUAAGAUAAAAGGAAGAUAAAACAUAUUAUUUGCGGAGUAUUGUUAUGAAUUCCAAUUUUAUUAGUGUAUUUUUAGAUAUCCUUUGUUAAAUUUGAUAAUGCACAAUUUUGUUUAAAAAAUAUAAAUCUGGACCUUGAUUCGUAUGUGGCGAAAGUGAAUAUACAUAUCCAAUUAUACCAUCUUUUCUUAAA